AUGUCUGGAAGUGGCUUCUCUUCCCCCGAUGCUGAGCCACCCAGGAAAAGAGUCCGUAAAGGCACCCGAAGUUGCUGGGAGUGCAAACGAAGAAAGAUCAAGUGCCAAUUGAGUUCAGAAGAUGUGCCAGUCUGUUCGGGUUGCCUCACGCGGGGAACGACAUGUCUUAGCCAAGAAUACCCAGAAGAGCGCGAACCAUCAAGCAAUACCCAGAUGGGCGAGAGACUCGGUCGUGUAGAACGCUUGUUGGAAACUUUGGUUGCAAAGGUCACACAAUACGAAGAAGAGGACAAAGUCCAACAAGAUAUCCUCACCCCAGAGUCUAUGGGGACUGAGGAUCUCACGCCCUACACAUCAGCUUCAUCCGGGGUCUCUCAGGAGACCCCUUUCAUGACACUUUUUGACAAUAAUGUUCUCGGUCGUCGAGAAAAUGGUCCUUCAUCAAUGCCUACCCCGGCCCAGUCGAGUAGCGGAACCAAAACUCCUUCUUGCCGGCCACCUAAAAUUGAUCGAAUUCGGCAAACUCUAAUAGACAUACUUCCAUCACAAAGAGAUGCCCAACUAAUAUCUCAAAACAGCAGUUGCUGGCUUCUGAUUCACGCCAUGUCAACGCAUACAACCAGUAUGUUUGGCGACAGAGAGCCUUCGGUAGUGCCUCCUAUCUUUGACCUAGCGGAGAUCUCAAAGAAGCAUCCUACAAUUAUUGCGAGGACUAUAUUGUACCUUGCAGUGUGCCUCCAACAACUAAACCCUGACUUCGAUACCAAACAACUGCAUCUUCUGCCAUCGGUUGAAGCUCGUAUGGAAAGAUAUCUAGCAACUGUCUCUGGUCUUAUAACAUCCGAUGAUGAGUUGAUUAGCACUAUGGAGGGAUUAGAAUGCUUGAGUCUCCAAGGCGUCUAUCACAUCAACGCAGGCAACCCGCGGCGAGCUUGGUUGACUUUCCGAAGAGCUCUGAAUAUAGGUCAAUUAAUGGGCAUCCAUAGACGGUCAACGGAGAUUCCGAAUGGGCAAGAUAUGUGGUUUCAGAUUUUCCAAGCUGACAGAUAUUUAGCUCUUCUAUUGGGUCUGCCUGUUGGCUCUCCUGAUAACGAUUUUGCUCCAGACGAGACAUUUCAAAAUCCGGCUAUCGACAAACCCUUACUCUUCUCGAGAAAGCUCAGUCAAUUGACAGCCUUGGUCAUCGAUAGAAAUCAGUGUGAAAGUUCCAACGCAUAUGCCACGACGCAGCAGAUUGAUGAAAAGCUCGACAACCUCGCGAAGAAUAUGCCAGAGUCCUGGUGGGCAAUCCCUACAUUCUUCGCCGAGGAAGGAACCCCGAAAGCAGCAGAGCAAUUUGAUAGCUUAAUGACUCAAGUGUGGUAUUUCCAGCUGGAGGCAUUGGUUCACCUACCCUAUAUGUUACGUGCUGCUACAGAACGUCGUUACGAAUACAGCAAAUUCAGCUGUCUGAAGUCAUCCAGGGAAAUGAUAUAUCGAUAUCUCGCAAUGCGGAGUACGGCAAAUAGCAGAUUCUGCUGCAAGGUUAUUGAUUUUGGAGCGCUCACAGCUACCGUUACAUUAUUUCUGGGGUUGAUUGAACCUUCUCAAGGGGACGAGACGACCGAAACGCGACAACGGAAAGAUAACGAUCGAAAGUUGAUACACACAGUACUGAAAUCCCUAGAAAUGUUAUCAGACGGUGGCAAGAAUGUGAUAGCUUCGCAAAGCUCCGACGUUAUCCGGUCACUCCUCGCAGUCGAUUCGCCUUCUGGACGAGCGGCUGGGAAUCUCCGUCUUACGAUUCCGUAUUUCGGCACCAUUAGCAUAGUGCGACCGCCCGCGACCAAACUGCCUCCGACUCCUCCAAACCCCACGACGCCGUACGCCGAAAAGCGGCAGACUAUCAUCACGCUCGACAGUAAUUUGAAGCUCAAAGGAACCGAGAAUUCUAAUACUUGGCCAGACAUGUCUUUACCAAGUUCCGACCCUGUCAACAUGCCAAUGGUCUCGUUUACAAGUAGUCGGUACCCUUCGCUGGUCUCUGAUCAAUUGAUGCAGGAUUGGGGUUUGCAGGAGGCGGAUAAUUUGUUCUUCGACAGUCUACUGAAUACGGAUAUAGAUGGGAAUUGGGUUUUGUAA